AUGGACGACAGGUCGAGCAAGAAGAGGAAGCUCAAAGAAGUCAACGGCUCCAAAGCCUCGGCUGCUGCUGCUGACGUUACUGUGAAGUCAAAGAAGCUGAAGAAGGCACAGCCGCAAGAGGAAGUCGAUCCCAAAGUUGACAAGAGUUCGGAGGAGGACGAGAAUGUCUGGAGUGAUGAAGAGGAUAUUGAGGCUGCAGAAGAAGCCGCUGAUCAAUCCGACUCUGACGCAGACGAAGGCGACGACACUAUCGCCGCACCGGCUAAAGAGACCGACGAUGGCGACAUCCCCGGCGAUCUGACCCUGCCGACAACCGCCGAGUCCGAGGCACAGGCAUUCUCCGAACUGAACCUUUCCGAAAACACAAUGAAGGCCAUUGAAGAUAUGGGCUUCACAAAAAUGACCGAGAUCCAGAGGCGGGGCAUUCCGCCGCUGUUGGCUGGCAAGGAUGUCCUCGGUGCGGCCAAGACCGGCUCCGGCAAGACGCUGGCCUUUCUGAUACCCGCCGUCGAGAUGCUCCGCUCGCUCAAGUUUAAGCCUCGCAAUGGAACCGGCGUCAUUGUCGUGUCGCCAACCCGCGAACUUGCCCUGCAAAUAUUUGGUGUCGCGCGCGACUUGAUGAAGCACCACUCGCAGACUUACGGCAUUGUCAUUGGAGGCGCAAACCGUCGCGCCGAAGCAGAGAAGCUCUCAAAGGGUGUUAAUCUGCUCAUCGCGACGCCCGGCCGGCUGCUCGAUCACUUGCAAAACACGCCAUUUGUGUUCAAGAAUCUGCGCUCCCUGGUCAUCGACGAGGCGGAUCGUAUUCUGGAAAUCGGUUUCGAGGAUGAGAUGAGGCAGAUCAUCAAGAUUCUACCAAAGGAACGACAAUCGAUGCUCUUCUCGGCCACACAGACAACCAAGGUUGAGGACCUUGCAAGGGUAUCUUUGCGCCCGGGGCCGCUUUAUCUCAACGUGGACGAGGAGAAGGAGUAUAGCACAGUGGAGGGACUGGAACAGGGCUAUGUUGUCUGCGAGGCCGACAAGCGCUUCAUCCUGCUUUUUUCAUUCCUGCAGAAGAUGAAAAAGAAGAAGAUUAUCGUCUUCUUCAGCAGUUGCAACUCGGUCAAGUACUAUGCUGAACUGCUCAACUAUAUCGACUGCCAAGUUCUGGAUCUUCACGGCAAGCAAAAGCAGCAGAAGCGAACCAACACUUUCUUUGAAUUCUGUAAUGCCGAAAGAGGAACUCUGAUCUGCACAGAUGUUGCUGCUCGUGGUCUUGAUGCCCUCGAUAUAGCAGACUCUCUUCCCACCCUCCAAAAGCAGCUCGACGACCUCACAUCCCAGUUCCACGGCUUCUCGUCCGUGGCUCACAGCACACCUAAUGACCCAUCCCUCGCUUCCGACUUCGCAGCCGCCGAAUCCGUACCGGCGGGCGGCUCCAGGGCGAAACAGGUCCGGUUCUCGGACAACCCAAUGGCGGCAGGCGGUCGCAGGGGCGAUGACGAGGACCUCGAGGCGCAGCGUUCCGGCCUGCUGGGACAGCCCUACCGCGACGACCCUGACUCGGGCCCGACGUUCCGCGACCAGGUCGAGGAACAGGGGCUCGACAACGUCCAGGUUCACGCGUACCACCAGCGGGUGAUGGAGGAGCAGGACGCGCAGCUCGACGCGCUCGGGGCCAGCAUCUCGCGGCAGCGGGAGCUGAGCAUGCAGAUCGGUGACGAGCUCGACAGCCAGGUUGCCAUGCUGGAUGAGAGCGAGCGCGUCGUCGACCGCCACCAGAGCAGCUUGGACCGGGCCAGGAGGCAGGUCGGAAGGAUCAGCAGGAACGCCGGGGAGACGAAGCAGAUGGGAAUCAUCAUUGCUUUGAUUGUCAUUCUUGUGCUGUUGAUUGCCAUCUUCAAGUGA